CUUGACGAUUAGACCAAUUGAACGGGGGCCCUACAAAUCCCAAAUCCUGGAGGCCUGCAGAGUCCAGGAAGGACUGAAAUUGUUCAACCAUAGAGAAAGAUGGUGGGCGACCCCCCUGCCUCUCCGAGGCAAAGAGGACACAAUUGAAGUCUCCUUGAUAGACCGUUAAUUGCACAUGUUUUUACCACUAUUCUUGAGCGGUUUGAGAUGUUGAUUCUCGUGUUUUAGGCCGAUUUCACGCUAGGUUGUGCUUGUUUGUGAUAUUUCAGGUCCUAGUACGUGAAUAAAGGUUUGGGAACGAGUUCGGGGUCGAUUGGACGAAGUUUGGACGUUUGGCGAGAAGCUGAGAAGCCACACGGGCAUGCCUAAAAGCCACACGGCCGUGUAGGUCGUGGCCGUGUGGGAUGGCUGAAGUCACUUAAUCGAAACUCUGCAUUUUGCACACUCACACGGGCAGCCUGGGAGAGUCACACGGCCGUGUGGCCUGGCCGUGUGAGUCGAGAAUUUCUGGUUUUAAGCCAAAUUUCGAGCCUAAGGAGAGGAGAGCUGGAUUUUUGGUUCCCAAACACCCAAGGGACUAACCCUAAAGAGAGAGAGCGACUUGGGAAUAUUCUUGGAGCUAUUUUGGAGGAUUUCUUCGCCAUUGGAGCUCGGGAAUCAAGCUUGGAGAUGGAGAUUGAAGAUCAAGAUCAUAUUUCUGCAGUCUCUCUCUUCUCUAUGGAGUAACUUCCCUUCACUUAGGUUUUGAGGAACCCUAGUUCCAUGUGUUAGGAUCUGUCUUGGAUGAAGUUUUGGAUGCUAUAUUGUUUGAUUAUAAUCGAUUGAGGCAUGAUUUAGAGUCAAUUGAAGCCUGAUCAUCUUCUCUUGAUUUAUGCUUUAACCUAUGAUAGAUAGAAUCUGAUUAGGUUAAGAGAGCUUCAUUGAUUGAUAGUGGUGAAUUGGUUGUGCGAGAGUCAAUCAAUUCACUGCUUUGUACUAGAAUUCAUUCGAGUAGUGGAGAUCUGUGUGAAUCACCUUAGCAGUCUAUCCGGAUGAAGGCUAGUCGCCUGCCGGGUAUUCUGUCUAAGAGGGCUUGGUCAGCUUAAGAGAUUCCAAGCUAAUUUAGGAUCUUCCGCAGUUUAAUCAACAAUAGAUCAACCAAAGGUAAUUGCAACUUGGACCUAAUUGAGGAGCCAGGGGGAAUCAUACCUAAGUGAGUUCCCAACUUGUAAUUAGUAGAGUAGUUUAGUAAACCAAUCCUUAAUCUAGUUUGCUAGAUAAUGAACUGAAGCUGAGUAAUAGUAACUCUAGAGACCCGUGGAUUCGAUAUUUAUUACUUGUGCCACUAUACUGUAGUCCCUUUCAUUGGUUACACUUGGCCAUUGUUAGGUGUUGUGUCGUAGCGUGUCAAGUUUUUGGCGCCGUUGCCUGGGACUUUCUAGAUUAUUAGGAAAGGCAGAAGUUUGUUACUUUAGCGUUUUUCUUUUCUUUUCCACCCAUGCUUUUCCCUUGGGUGUUUUUUGUUUUUGUUGGUGCAGAUCUGAAUCAUGGAUCCUCAUGGCUUCUCCAACCAUUGGGGUAUCCACCACCAUCCGAGUGGUAUUACCCCGAGACUCCCUGGAGCAAUCAAGGAGGAGAAGACUAUGGAUUCGGGUUCCAGUAACAACCCCCUUACUACGGAGAACAAUCAGACCCCUGGGCAUAUCAAGAACAACCUCAUUACCAAGAAGACUUUCUCCCACAACCAGAAGGGCCAUCAGAGCUGGAGUUAGCCAUGGAGGCCUUCACAGGCCACUCUGCAGAGCCAUGCUACACUUCACUGGAAGAUCCGAACAAACAAUUAAGGCUUCUCGUGGAGCAGUUUGCUCGAGACACUGAGAGAUCAUGCUCCAAGAUGGAUCUUCAAAUCGAAGCCCUUGCCCCUUCCGAUCCCUCAUUUCUCCAUGAAAUGAAGGAGACUGUUCAGCGCUAAACGAAGCAAACAGAGUGGGUGGAGCAAGUUUGCUCACAUCUUGCUCAAGAUCACCUUUCUGCUACCACGCUAGAAGAGGUGGAGGAUGACAAAAUCUACGGGGAUGUUGAGGAGCAUACAGAAGUUAUCACAGAGAACUCCCAUGAUAAUCAUGAUUAGGAAAGUCCUCUGGUUGCAUAUCACACAUUUCCUUAUUUCUGCUCUAACAUGCUGGGCCCGAGCGAGGAGAUGCAAGAUGAUCUCAUUGAAGAAAUUACAUGGCGACUUGCUCUCCAAUCUGUGCUAGAAGAAGAAGAGCAAGAAAGGGUGCAGAAAGAAGUUGUGGAGGAUGACGAAAGUGAAGCAGGAGGAGUUCUUGAUCAUUUCCCAGGGGUGAUACCACAUGAAGAAGAAAGGGGGUUUGAAGAAGCAAUUGGAGUCCAGGCUGAGGACGGAGUUAAGGUGGAAGAGGCCUGCACCGGCCAUGAGUUACAUGUGAUAUCUCCACCAAACUUCGAGGAGCUGUUUGGCAAGGACCCAUUUGCAGUGUUUCUUUGCCAGACCAAGGCCACGUCGACAUCGGUCCCCCUUGGUGGAAGCGAUGGUGGCCAAUCGAUGCUUCAUCUCGAGGGAGGAGACUUCAUCUGCAUCAAGUGCAUGAGCCUUCAUCACCUGCCACACCACAUGCUCGUGACUUGAGACUCCACCUCAUCGACGAGAACCUCAACUUCAAGGAGGUUUUGGGGUGGACCGAAACUUAGGAGCCAUCGUCCGGCUCACGACGUGAAGGAAGCGCUUGUUGGGAGGCAACCCAACCAGUCGGUUUGCAUUUCUUUCUCUAUUUCUCCUCGGUUGAGUCAGUUUUGUAAUUUGAUUUUAGAGUCAAUAACUCAACCUUUGAGAGAUUUUACGUGGUGUUUGUGUUGUGACCACUCUCUCCUCCUGGAAUACACCGCCUGCCCCGUCCACCAUCAUUCACCCUGGAUCUGGUAACUUCCUUCUACCCUCCUUAUCUUUAAGUUUGGGGGGAUGUUCGAUUAUGUAUGCGAGUGAAUGGUUGGUUGUUUGUUUGGUUGGAGCCUAGUCCACUGUCCAAAUUUUUAAAUUUGAGGGCUCCAAGUACUGUUCCCUGCAAAAUCAUGCUCAGUAUGCUUUGAAUUGACAGUCUUUAUGGUGAUAUGCAACCUAGGGAGGUAGUUGUAGCACUAUGGAGGAUGUUGAAGUAUAAGAUUUUUCCUAUUUGUCUCUCUGCUGUGCCAGUUGAUUUUGUGAACUAGUGGAUUUAGGACAGUUGAUUCAUGUGGUAUUGAUGACUCCUUUUAGGUUGUGUUGUGGACUCGUGUAUCGAAAAAGGGUGCUCAUGUUAAAAAUGAAAAGCAGCUGGUCCUCCAUGUCAAAAAAUUUGAAAAUCUUAAACAUGGGGUAAGCCCAACGUGUGCGGCACCAUUCAUUGCACAAAAUCGGGUUUUGGAGGAGAUUUUAGUGAUCCUUAGUGGGGUACUCCUACAAGGUGAAGCUAAGCUGUCUCUAGUACAAGUAAAACUUCCACCCGUUGAACGGUUUGCCUACUUGAGGAUGUGUUUUUAAGGGAUGGAUAGAGCUUCCGACCCCCCCUAAUUUCAUUGACCCUCCACACGAGUUGAGGAAAAGGAGUUAAAAGAAGUACUCUGGGGAGCGCCAGAUGUACAAAAAUUGCUCUUGCUCGACUAAUAAGGGUCGACCGUGCGUAAGACUGCAGUUGGAACCCCCGCUAAGUGAAUGGAAAAAAAAAAGAAGUAAAAUGGAAGUGAAAAAGGGGUUCCAACGGUGAAAUGAAGUGAAAGAGCACCCCGGUACAAUGAGUCCUUGGUUGUUGAAUUGUGUGAGUCUCAUUAUCCAUGAAUUGACUGUCUUAGUUCCACUGCUUCUCAUGAUCCUGGAUUGAGUCUAGUACUCGCAUUGAGAGAGAUAGGGGACGUCUUAGAAGACCAGUUGACCUCGUAAGCAACUUUAUGAUCUAGAAAGUCCUCUACCGACGAUCGAGGUUGCAUGUUGCUAUAGAGGUCUGGAGAGUUGCAUUGGUUUGAGUCAGGUUUGCUUGGGGACAAGCAAACGGUUAAGUGUGGGGGAGUUUGAUAGACCGUUAAUUGCACAUGUUUUUACCCCUAUUCUUGAGCCGUUUGAGAUGUUGAUUCUCGUGUUUAAGGCCGAUUUCACGCUAGGUUGUGCUUGUUUGUGAUAUUUCAAGUCCUAGUACGUGAAUAAAGGUUUGGGAACGAGUUCGGGGUCGAUUGGACGAAGUUUGGACGUUUGGCGAGAAGCUGAGAAGCCACACGAGCAUGCCUAAAAGCCACAGGGUCGUGUGGGUCGUGGCCGUGUGGGAUGGCUGAAGUCACUUAAUCGAAACUCUGCGUUUUGCACACUCACACGGGCAGCCUGGGAGAGUCACACGGUCGUGUGGCCUGGCCGUGUGAGUCGGGAAUCUCUGGUUUUAAGCCAAAUUUCGAGCCUAAGGAGAGGAGAGUUGGGUUUUUGGUUCCCAAACACCCAAGGGACGAACCCUAGAGAGAGAGAGCAACUUGGGAACAUUCUUUGAGCUAUUUUGGAGGAUUUCUUCGCCAUUGGAGCUCGGGAAUCAAGCUUGGAGAUGGAG